CACAUCCCCUUGGACAUCUCUCCUCCCCCAGUGUGUAAGCUGCUGAGCGCAGAGCUGCAGGAGGAACUGAGUCGCACCGGUCGAUCUCGAGAGGUGCUCGAGCUGGGGCAGGUGCUGGACACAGGCAAGAGGAAGAGACACGUGCCUUACAGCGUCUCAGAAACACGUCUGGAAGAGGCCUUGGAGAAUUUGUGUGAGCGCAUCCUGGAUUACAGUGUUCACGCUGAGCGCAAGGGCUCGCUGAGAUAUGCCAAGGGUCAGAGUCAGACCAUGACCACGCUGAAAGGCCUCGUGCAGAAGGGAGUGAAGGUGGAUCUGGGAAUCCCUUUGGAGCUGUGGGACGAGCCCAGCCUGGAGGUCACAUUCCUUAAGAAACAGUGUGAGACGAUGUUGGAGGAGUUUGAAGAUGUUGUGGGAGACUGGUACUUCCACCAUCGGGAGCAGCCCCUACAGCGCUUUCUCUGUGAAGGUCAUGUGCUCCCAGCGACUGAAACUG